UCUUCCUCCUCCUCCUCCUCCUCUCUUUCUUCUCCGCUCUUCUUCCUCUCUUUCCACACUCCCAGGGCGGCGCCACUCCCUCGCAGGCUCUCCCAAGGCGCACACGCAUUUCUGCCUCCCCUCCAGGACGGACCACACGAUUACAAGGAGACCAUCUCGUCUGUGGUGCAAAUCGAAAGGAAAAGAGGAAGUGUUUAGGGAAAGAAAACGAGAACAGAAAAGUUAUUAGUUCAAUCCCGACUGAAAAUUUUGGCGAGAAAAGUGUUAUUGUUAUCAUUAUUCGUGUUUCCUUUAUUGUUGAUAAACUUUGAGCAGAAAAGGAGAAGAAUAUUGCAAAGUUUGUUGUUCACUCUCGGAUGAAGUUUUAGUGACAAAAGUUGUUUUUUUAUUAAUCUUAAACAUCGAUUGAAUAUUAGUGGGAACGUUACGUGGCGAAAUACUACUUAAUAUACCGAAAACAACAACAACAACAACAGAAACAACCCAAUACACAAUUCGUUAUCACUGAUGUCUUUUUAAACUAAACUAACACACACACACACACACACACACACACACACACACACACACACACACAUUCAUAACAAAGAUAGAGGAUUACAGGUGAAAGAGAAAAAGGCAGGUUAAUUAGAAGGAUGAAACACCUUCACCUGGCUGUCGUUAUAGUGUUAUGUGCCACUCGAACCUUCUCAUCACGAACGCAAGAUGACCCAGCCACUCUGCAGAUCACCAAAGAAACUCCUGACUUUACCUUAGAAUGCUCGAAAUCUGAAGAAGCUGAGAAUGCUGAAGAUUUGACCACGAUGAAGACGAAAGAAGACCAGAUGAAGCUAAAAACAGACCUUUCUGAUACUCUAAGCCAGGAAGGUCAUGGGAAAACACUACCAAAAGAUCCCUUCACUAAAUUCAAGAAAGAAAAGUUCCAGGAGAAAGAAUUUAACGCGAAAACUACUGAAAUAUCUGAAGAUUCUAAAACGCUUGAAAUAUCUGGAGAUUCUACUGAUAUUCCCUCGAAAUCUGGUGAUCUGAAGGAGGCGCUGCAGAAGGAAGAAAAAGCAGAGGAGGGAAAGGAGAAAGGACGUGUGUUAGUGAAGAGGGAUACGUGGGCGGUGGGCGGGGCGCUGUCAUGGGCGAGAAGCAGUUUAAUAUCUUCAAUUGAGAGAAGAGGGAAAGAGAUGAGGCGUAGUUUUUCCUCCGGCAGCUUCAGUUCCAUUGAGUCUACCCUGCUGUCCCUCGCCUUCCUCACUUUCGCCGUGUUUCUAGUGGAUCUGGUGCAGGACCUCUUCAACGGCACCGUCUCCACAAGCACAGGAAGAAAGAGACGAACGAGCGGAGAUGAUGAGAAAAUGACAAACCUUAUUGUUCUUGUCCUGUCUUCCGUUGAUACCCUUUCGUUCGGCAGAGACACUCCAGACUGCGGCAGAAAGUUCCUAUGUCACCUAAACAGAACUGGUUGGCACGAUGGUUUGUUGGGAACUGCUUCGAAUUAUCUUGUGAGCCUGGUGUUCAGCGUCCUUUCGUCAUCAACAUUCCAAGACAACCUGGAGGCAGCAAACUUUGGCAGAGAGAAGCAAGACUGUACUUCCCGCUAUCCAUCCUGCCCGUCUGUUCUUGGCGAGCUCCUGCCGUCCCGUAAAUAACUGCAGACGAGAGCUUAAUCCCUUCAGUACUGGGACGUGUUUUCAUAUUCAUUCUGCUUACUAUUUGGUGAUUUUAUACAGCUUUAGAAUCUCAGGUGGGGAAUUGAAAUAGUGAAGACUGUGGCCAUUACUCUUCCCACCUCCAUAGAUCCUUCCUAAUGUAAAUAAAAUGGUCUAAUCGUACACAAAUCUCAAAGUAAAAAUGUGUCCCAGUACUAAAGGUUUAGGAACACAGAGCUACAAGAAAACAACUGCUAACUUUGUACAGGGCAUUAUCUUUCCAUGUAUGGGGUACGCUUCACAUGUAUGGGGUGUUUUCAUUCAUAUCGCUCUUCUAAACAAGUUAAGAUUAAAAAGCGUUACGUCUUAUCAGUUAAUCUCUAAGUAACUGUAUUUUGUUUCUCUCUCUCAUCAUCGCCAUGUAGUAUGUGCUGGUUUUAUCGUUAUUUUCACGCUAACUUUCCAUCUGGUCUUGUUAACUGUAUGCAUCCCUUCCCCCGAGGCUUCACUGUACGAAACUUUCUUCUUUCUCUCAUCCAUUUACUGUCCACCCACCUUAAUUUGCACGUUUCCACCGAUGCUUUCCCACAAAUCCUCGCCAGGUUUUAAUUGUCCAUGAAGUCUGCGUCUGUUCACGUCAUCCACUCGCUUCCCUCUGCAAUCUAGCACUUCCUUGACACCUAUUAGUUAUUUAAAAUCUUUCAUUCCUUUUACUGAUAUACUCUGGAACUCUCGGUCUGCUUCUGUAUUUCGUUUUGCUUUUGACGUGAGGUGUUUCAAGAGGGAAGUUUCAAGACUGCUUUCAAAAUCUGUAUUACUCUCUUGAUUAUCGUUUUUUAUGAAGCCUCUAAGCCAAACUCCCUUCUAGAAUAAAAAUUAAUAAACUAGAAUAAAAAACGUCAGUGAGUCAUUCUAUACGUGGUCGUCCCUGUGUGAUAUCUUAAUACAGCUAU